AUGUCGCAUGUGGAUCGCCACAUUGCUUGCACGAAUGCUUCUGGAAGCUUGGCUUCGGCAGUGCUCGCCGCACUGGCAUGCCGUGUCCUGUAUCUUGUCGAUGGCACGCCAUGCAAUCUGGCCAUCGUUUGCCGGCUGGCGGAACAUGGCACCAAACCUGGUUGCCCUGUCUCGGGCCGCCGGAAGAGCGGCGGCCGCAACAGUAAAACAACCAAAGCACGCAGAGCUGAAGCUUCGUCGCGCAGUCUCUCGGGAAUGGAACCCCACUUGACCCAAAUCGUUUUCUGUGGUGCACCGCGGCACGAACCGUUUCCACCUUCUCUCUUGUGUAAGCAUCAGGAGCUGUCGUCCGUGAGGUGUGACAUGCUUCUCGCGAGCAUGGCCGAAGACCUGCUGGGAACGCCCUGCUUCCUCAGACAGCCAACCGACCGAGACAACUUGAGUUGGCGUCUAGACAUAGGCACGCGCGAAGUGGGGCGGUGCAGCGAAGGGCAUCCGGAAACCACUGCUGGUUUUUGUUCGAUGCCGAGACUUCCUCAUCGCGCUGGAAGGUGCACGGAUGUGGCAGGGCGAAGUACCUUUGCGUAUGGGAAGCGAGACCUUUGCUUUGUGAGGCAGCCUGCGGUGCUGACCGAGCAGCCUACCUGCAAGGCAAACGUGCCAUCCACAGCAGCCAGAAUGGAUCCUCAGCGACAGCACUUCACCACAAGGUCAGAACAAGCCCAGAGGUGCACGCCGCGUACCGAGCGUGGCGCACGCGGAGCUUUCGGAGCCUCACGCUCAGGCGCACGAUGUGAAGUGCACGAAAGCAGGCCUGGCUUCUCGGCCUUAGCUUCAACUGAGCCCCCUCAAGCCGUUCACGCAGAUUAG